AUGAGUGAUGAUCAAGUUCUGAAAAGGUUCAUGAAGAAUGGGCUUAUAAAUGCAGAGCUAAAGGAGUUUUUUGAGAAGGUACUUGUGAAUGAAGGUUUUAGCACUAUGGAGCUCCGGAUGCAGGAGACUCCCAUAAAGAUUAUUCUAAAGGUCGCAAAGCCACAUGAAGCAAUAGGAGAAAAGAAGCUCAGGUUGAAGCAAUUCCAACAUUUAGUUGCACAAAGACUUGAAGUUCCCGAUGAGAAUGUUGAGAUAAUUGUUGAAAAGGUCCAUGAAAAGGGGCUUUGUGCACUCAUCCAAGCAAAUUUUAUCAGAGAAAAAAUACUAGGAGGAGUUCAAUACAGAAGGGCUGUGAAUAUGGCUCUAAAGGCUACAAGGCAUUCAGGGGCACAAGGAUGCCAGAUUAUAGUCAGUGGAAAGCUGAAGGGACAACGUGCUAAAUCUGUGAAGUUCCAGGACGGAGUACUAAUCCAUAGUGGGAAUGCAGUUAAGGACUACAUUAACACAGGAUAUGCUACCGUUGAAACUAAGCAAGGUGUUAUUGGCAUUCAGGUUAGGAUAAUGUUGCCAUAUGAUCCUGAAGGAGUGAUUGGGCCAAACUAUCCUCUUCCUGACAGAAUCACUAUUCUUGAACCCACCGAGACCCAGUAG